AAGAAGUUAUUUCCUCAUUUGAUUAUGAAGGAGGUCAGCAUUUAGUGCCUGACAUGUUCCUUUUCCCUGAUUUAGUAUUUGUAUAUUACAGCGUUGUUCUUAGUCUGAGAGAGAGAGAGAACAGUUCUUGUAAGUCUAGAGAGAAAAAAAAACUGCUGCAGUCGAACGGUAGGCUUGUGGAGCACGAAUGCAUCUGCUUGUGUAUUUCCCCUUUAAAUCCUCCUCUCUCUCUGUGUCUGAGACACCAACUUCAUUGAUUUGUAAAGAGAGAGAGAAAACCAGUUUCCAUUAUUGCAUAUAACAGUCGAUAUGAGUUUUCUAGCUGGGAGGUUAGCGAGCACAGAGGCUGCAUGUUUCUUGCAGGAAUCCAAGCAAGCAGUGGGGCGUUUGGCUGAGAAACUUCCUCAAUCUCGCAACUGUGGUCCUAACUCCAUUGAAGAAUUUGAAGCGAAAGCCGAUGUUUUGCCCGAAAUCCUUCGUCACUCUAUCCCCCUUACUGCUGUUCGUCCCCCUUCUGAAUCUUCUCUCUCCUUUGCGUCUAAAUGGGUUCUGCCCCAUUCCUCUGAUUCUCUCUCUAACGGUACCAACUAUGCUGAAUUGAUCAACCCACACAGGGCCUAUGUUUCUCUGCCUCAGGUCACCUUUGGCCCUCGAAGAUGGAACUUGCCCAAUGAUGAACACUCAUUCUCAGCUUCUACAGCCAAUGAAGUUCGGCGUGACAAGAUUCCACGUAUAGAUAAUUAGAAGAUAAAAGAUGCUGCUGAAGGAUUUUCACAAAUUGGAAAAGCUUUUGCUGUUGCCACAGUUCUCGUCUUUGGGAGCGCCACUUUAACAUUGGCAGUUGCGGCUUCCAAACUACAAUUGCACUCUGUUGAGGAUAUCAGAGAAAGAGGGAGGGAUCUUCUUCAGCCUACAUUCAAAGGUCUUGGGGAGCAGUUAAUUCCUUUUAGAACCUGGGCUGAAGAGGUGGCAAAGAAGUGGCGCACCGAGGCCAUUGAUGAAUCACAAAAGAAAUGUAUCAUCAUAGAGCUAUCCAAAAGACUAGGCGUGAAGGGACACAGUGAAUGAUCAUGCAUGGAGAAUUGUUUUUUGAGUUGCUUGCUCAAUUUAAUGUUUAUUAACAGAUAAAUGAAGGAUAAAUAUUUCUUAAUGGUGAUAUUCGCUAUGGCACGACGUGCAUCGUUUUAGAAUAAUGUAAAAUGAUAUUACUUUGUAUUGUAUGAAAUAAAAAAAAAAAAAAAAAAUGUACAUAUUGCUAA